AUGAUGUAUCCAGUCUCCUCCAUCUUCUUCUUCUUCUUCUUCUUCUUCUUCUUCUUCUUCUUCUUCUUCUUCCGAGUCUUCUUCUUCUUCUUCUUCUUCUUCCGAGUCUUCUUCUUCUUCCGAGUCUUCUUCUUCUUCUUCUUCUUCUUCUUCUUCUUCUUCUUAUUAUUAUAUUAUUAUUAUUAUUAUUAUUAUUAUUCUCUUCUUCUUUUUUUUCUUCUUCUUUUUUUUAACUUCAUCUUCAUUUCUUCUUCUUUUUCUUCUUCUUCUUCGUUUCCUUCUUCUCCUUUUACUUUAUCUUCUUCUUCUUCAUCUUUUCCAUUUUUGUUUUCUUCUUCAACUUAUUCCUUUUCCUUUUCCUUUUCUUCUUCUUCUUCUUUUGCUUCGUUUCCUCCUCCUUCUUUUUCUUUUACUUUACCUCCUUUCCCUUCGUCUUCAUAUUUUCUUCGUUUCUUCUUCAACUUUUUCUUCUCCGUCUUCUUCGUCGUCGUCUUCACCUUCUGCUUAGUUUUCUUUUUCAUCUUCUUUCUCUCCUCCUCUCCCUUCUCCUCCUUCGUUUUUCUUCUUCUUUUACUUUAUCUUCUUCCGCUUCUUCUUCGACUUCGUUUUCUUCUUCAGUUUUUUCGCCGUCAUCGUCGUCUUCUUCGCCUUCUUUUUCAUCUUCUUUCUCUCCUCCUCCACCUUCUUCUUGUUCUUCUUUAA